AUGGCCGACAACGUGGGUAUUACGACAAGAGAACCUGACGAUGAGGUGGUUGCUCUCGCUGAACCGGGACGGGAGGCGGAGAGCUUGGCUGGGCCGCCCAGCAUGGCAAACAGCAUGGACGCCCUCGAGUCCCAGCCCAAGAACAAUGACAAGAGCCCGGAGAAGAGCGCAGAUUCAGGCGCCGAGGACCUCGCAGCACCGAAGCCUGAAGACUUUGAACCUGGCCCUGGUCCAUUCAUUGGCGACAUUGGCGUAUCCUUCCCAGAGCUUAGAGACGACCGAUACAGCCUUUCACUUCUUAUAUACCUCUGGGCUAAUGUGAGGGACUUCGGGAGUGAGAAGCACGUCGAACUCCUCCAGGAACAUAUCAGAAGGGCUUCCAAUCUUCUUCCGUCGGAAUACGGCAGUGCCGAUCAUACUGGUGACAGUGGACCGAGUUCAACAACGAGAAACAAGGGAGACUGCUCCAUUGGCUUCGUUGGCGGCCGCAACUUGAACACUAUAGGAUUCCCAUGA